GGAAUGAAACAUACUCAAUAAUGGUUCGUGGCGAAAUGUAACCUGAAUUAAGCACCUUUCUUUUUCUUUUUUGUACUUUUUUUAAGCUUGACCUUGGGCCUUUUCCGGAGGAACAAGAAUAUACUUUUACUUCCUUUGAAUACAAAAUUUACAAAGCCAACAUGCCUGAACUAGAAGUAGUUUAUGCAAUACGAAACUUUACAGCCGAAAAUGCAGACGAAAUAUCGAUCAAUGUAGGAGAGCAGGUUAUUGUUUUAGAAAAAGACGAUGGGUACAACGAUGGUUGGUGGCAGGGCUGUAAUAUAAGGGGCGAAAUAGGGCUAUUUCCUGUUACUUACACAUCAAGGCAGAUAUCAACCGCUACACCUUCCUCGCCACCUUUUACAACAUCAGCAACCCUGGAAAACAAAAUCGAUUCAUUGGAGAGCACUAUUACAAAAAUGAAAGAGAAUUCACUCAGGAAUCAAAAGAACUCUAUAUCUUCGUUUACUUCUAUCACAUCGAAGAAUAUGCAAGCAGCUGUUAAUCAAUCUCUGGACAGCCCGAACUUGAACUCUCAACCUGUAGAAGAGUGGACAUCUGAACAAGUUGCUGCCUGGCUACAAAGCUUGGGAUUUGAAGCAGAAAUAGCUGAUAAUUUCAAGGAUCAGGAAAUCACCGGUGAUAUUUUAUUGGAAUUAACAUUGGACUCCUUGAAAGAGCUACAAAUUACAACAUUUGGCAAAAGAUUCAAAAUUCACAACGCUAUUAAUGCUUUAAGGCAAGAAACCAAGAAGCAGCAAAUAAUGCAAAACUACAACAAUGCAAAAUUUGAUUCAAGAACCAGCUCAGUUUACUCAGACUCAAACAAACGUAACAGCAACGGAUUAUUAAGCUCAGUUUACAAUUCAUUCAAGCAGCCGCAGUUUUAUAUGGAGGAUGAUGUGGUUUCUGAUUAUAAUAUGGUUCUCAGAAAUUCUCAGUUAGCUAGCCCAAACACAUCAUUACAACAGCAACAUAUCUCUGGGAUAUCUAUUUCUAGACCUCCUUCAGAAAUGGAAAGAUCUAACCAUAGAUUAUCUUCUCUAGUUGAUCAUAAUGCCAUUAAUGCAACUCCAUUGGAACGUCAUAGACUUACACAACAACAACAGCAGCAGCAACAACAACAGCAGUACAAAUUACAAUUAUUGGAAAAGACUGUCUCUCAAACAAAUUCUUUGAAUGAUGCCUCCUCAGACUACUCUCGCAGUACAGUUUUAAGUAAUCAAGAUACAGAAAACAGGUUAUCAUCGAUACCCAGCAGAUACAGUUUUAUGAGAAACAACAAAUUGCAUUCAAUUUUACCGAGUUCGAAUAGUUCGAGCAGUCGACGUUCAGAAGACUUUAGUGGCGGUAUCUCAGAAUCAUCAUUAACGGCACCUGACAUGGAAGGCUGGCUUUAUAAACAAGGCGAUAAGUACAAAACAUGGAAUAAGAGAUGGUUUGUGCUUAAAGGAAGUAAUCUGUUUUAUUUCAAGAGCCCGAAGGCGAUUAGAGUCAAGGGCAUUAUCAAUUUGAAAGGGUAUCGAAUCAACGUCGACGAAUCAAUUCAACCUGGUAAAUACUGCUUCAUGGCUCAUCAUGAUAGAGAGCGAACAUUUUAUUUCUACACGGACUACGAAAAGUCUAUGAAAGACUGGUUAAAAGCAUUGAUGAAAGCCACUAUUAUCCGCGAUUUUGCAACUCCUGUCAUGUCUUCCAACACCAUUCCAACGAUCUCAUUAGAAAUGGCACGAAAAAUGCGCCCUCGACCACCCUCAACCAUUUUCUCAACUCAAAAAGAAUUGUCACCUUCGUUCCGAAGCAUAAAUCAGCAUUUCUCAGUAAUGUCUUUAGAUGAGAGACCAGAGCCGUUCAUUAAUGUAUCGAAUCCACAACAAGAUGGCUCCCGUGGACCGUCGUCUAUAAAUAUGCGCCAGCCAUUGGAACAAGAGCACUAUCAUAGAAAGCCAAACAAUAUUGCUGAUAGUAUGUCUGACUAUUCAAUCGAUCAACGUAAUCGGAUGAAUGAUUCAGGAUUCAAUAGUACAGGAGGUGGCGGUAAUAAAUGGUUGACACGAACUGGUACUGGAAGUAGUGGAUCGACCACUCACCAUAGCAUGUCUAUUGCCUCCGUCAUCCACCAGCAAAAUACGCCAUCAACCAACUUUAAUAAUGACUACAACAACUCAAAUUACCAACCUCACGAGGAUGACGAGGAUCUAAUUGAUCCCGACCAAAAAAGUGUGGCAGGAUCAACUAGAUUGCCUAAUGGUUUUAAUAGUGGUCAAAAACAAGAGGAAUAUAUUGAGUGGAUCAAUGCAAAUGUUACAAACGGAAUUCGAUCGUUGUCAGAGCUUAACACAGGAGAUGUUCUUUUAGAAUUUCUGGGACGACUCAGUGGUAAGGAGAUACCAACACCAGUCACAUUACCUUCGCAAACAGUUGCAACACAAAAAAUGGAUCGUGUCAUUUCCGUAUUUAAAUUUCUCAACCAUGAGGGCAUUCAGCUGGACGGCAUAUGUUCCAUAAGAGACAUCUUGGACGGAAAUGAGUUAAAAAUCUUACGCCUUCUUACAGUCAUCGAGAAGUGGUCUGGAACCGCUUCGAAUGAUGAUAUGAGCCUCAGCAAAAGGAGAGUCAGCAAUGGGACACUUGACGACGCAGCACAAGCCAAUAAAUUGUCGCAGCUGGCUACCAUUGGUGUUCAACAGCAUGCUAUCACCUUACGAUAGCUUAGUUCAUUACACUCUCUUGGAGCUAGCAAUAGGUGAACUUGUUUGUUGUAGAGCUUAUAUACACAUAUAUGAUAUCCGAGCUCAUAUGUUAUCCCUCUUCGCCAUGUAAACUAUUCUGAAAUUGUCCCAUUGGGAAUGCUAUUGUAAAUGACUAUCCCUUAUUUUCUAUUAGUAUGCUUUUAUUGUAAUUCUUAUUAUCAUUUUUAUUAUACUCUCCUCUUUUUUAUAUAUUUAUAUGUAUACAUUUAUAUUCAAGAAGAUGCCUGUCACCAAGACCCGCUUCAUCCAUAGCUUUCUAUAAAUUAGACUCCCUGUUACUACUCACUUGCGAAUACCAAAAAAAUUAAAUGAAAUAAUAAAAGCCUUGCUUUCUGGACAAAGC